AUGGCAGAUGAACAUAAGGAAAGAUCAGUCUUGUACCAAAAUAAAGUUACAACAAUGAAGGAAAAAAACAGUUCCAGUGAAAGUGUACAUGGCGCAUUCUUCUCUAGAAAUAAAGGCAUGGAUGAACAUUCCAAAGGGGAAACAUGGUUGACUGUAUACCCUGGCAGAGGUCGCCUUGGUAACCAGAUGUUUCAGAUAGCUAGUUUAAUUGGCAUUGCAGAUAAAUUCGGGUACAGACCAUUUAUUUCUUCGACAAGUUUUGACAUAGAUUCUGUUUUUGAUGUACCGCAGUCAAGUAAUUUAAAUGUUGAUUUAACUAAAUUUAUCAAAUACCAGGAGACAGAUGCAGGCGUAUUUGCAGAGUGUGACAUCACAAGGUAUACCGAUAUGUCAGUCCUAACGUUAAAUUCCAAUUGGACUUUGGAUGGGUAUUUACAAAGUUUUAAACACUUCGUGCAUAUUCAAAAUGACAUUAAUGAUUUGUUUACAUUCAAAAGCAAUAUACUUGACGAGGCAAGACAAUUCAUUAACAACAGUACUACACAGUACACGGUUAAGAUAGGCAUACACAUUAGAAGAGGGGACUUUCUCAGUGAAUAUCAUAGGAAUUUAGGGCGUGUUACACCCGAAGCAGGUAUGACAACAGUUCUUUCUACUUACAAGAAUAUAUUUCAUGCCAGAACGUUUUACUGGAAAACUUCGGAUAAAAUGACCUUUGUUUUAUUUACAGAUUAUUAUCAAAAAGCCAUGGACUUAUACAGCACAAAAUACAGAAAUAUCACCUUUUUUGUAUUUUCAAAUGAUAUAGCCUGGUGUAAAGGCCAUCUUCUGGAUCUCGGGCAUGAAGUUAUUUUUAGCACAUAUAAUCACCCUGGAUACGACCUUGCCAUUAUGUCAUUAUGUGAUCACAUGAUCAUUUCUGUUGGAACAUUUGGCUGGUGGGGUGGAUGGCUGGCAGGAGGCUCAGUCGUUUAUUUUAAUGGAUACCCAAAACCAGGCUCAGAAAUCAGCAAAUAUUUUAUAAAAGAGGACUUCUACCCGUCAGACUGGAUUGGAAUCACUUAAAAUACUUCUCAAUGCAUUUCGAUAAGGGAGCAGGCAUUUCAGACACUGGACUAAUGUGGAGAUAUAUGGUGGCACAUGUGUUAUGUGCUUGACCCAUGCCCUCAUAACCAGUUUGUCUGUUAGUAAACUGUCAAGAUGACUAUUUUAUCACACUGCUAAUGUUUGUUAUUGUUUUUAGUAUUCAUGUUUCAUGAAAAAGAAGCAAAGUUAAACUGAUAGUAUUCAUACUGUUUCUAUUUGUACUUCAAUGCCUAAUAAAGGUGUAAUAUAUUUUAAUACUGGUCCACUGGCACCAGACCAGAAAGAAAAUGCAUCUGUACAUGUUACACCC